UCUCUCUCACACUUAAAUUAAUUUUCUCUCUUUUUCUGCCUGAGAUGUCGUCUCUGCUGAGGGAGGAGAUGGACAGAGUCUUGUUCAGACCGGAGGGACAGAAGCUGGAGGAGUUUAUAGAAAUAGAGGAGCAACAGCAAGGGCGACAUUUUCUCUGCGUUUCUAUAUCUCAGGACAAAGAAGCUCAGAUCUCAGUUGUGCUGUGUCGAAGAGGUAAGCAUGCAAGGACCAAUAAGCUGCAGAAAUAUGGUCUGGAGGACAGUUAUGAAAGAACAGAGAUUUGGGCGCUGGAAAACCUGCUGAUUCUGGACGGCAGAGAUGCAGAUACUGACGAUCCCUGCUUCUUGAUGCAUUUCGACUCGGUGCGGCCCGUCAGAGCAGUGAGCUGCGCUGCGAAAUACACACUGGCCCGAUGUCUGCUGGCCCUGAGCAAGAAGCAUCACCACACAGCACUAAAACUUAAGAACUAUGACUGGACGUACAUUCAGCCCACUGCAAUGUAUUCAGAUCGUGGCGACUGUGUUGUUCUUGCGCAGAUCUGCUUCUAUGCCUUUAAUCUGGUGUGUCUUUCCUUGUGUCCCGUGCCUCUCGCAUAGAGAGACAUUUUUAGUCUUGUUUGAAGAAUUUCUUUUGAACUGGUCCUAAAACUCUUGAUGCUGACAAUAAAAAGUUCAUUUCAGUGUAACCUAUAAUACCCUCUGGGAGUGUACAAAGACCAUGCUUUGUGUUUUGAGCACUUAGCCAUGCUUUGAGCACUUAGACCUACAGUAAUUGUAAUAUAACUCCACGGUGCGGUGAAAUCCAAUUUGUGCAAAUGCAACACAAAAGGGUGUUUCUGAUGUGCAAUGCUGUGACUUGAAUAUUAAGAAUUUGUAUUUAUUUAAAAGAGAAAGCAAAUUGUGGAACCUGUUUUGCAUGUGUUUUAGCUGAUUCAUAAGUCAAGCUGUAAUAUAUUUAAUCACAUCAAAAACGAAACUGUGAGACAAACUUGUGAAUAUUACAGUAUAAACUGUUUUAAUAAUCUUGUCAUCUGGCGAAAAAUCUAAUGUUUUCUCGUUUCUUGUGUAGCGCAGUUUUUCUUGUCCUUGAUGUUAUUGAAUAAAAUACUGUGACAUCCAUCAAUUAUUUAAAGUCAAUUUAACAAAUUAAACAUAGAACAUUGAGCAUUUGUCACUGUGUGCAAGACAGCUUUAAUUGUUUGCAUGCAUAAUAUUCUUGUGACCAAAUAAUUUGGAUAUUGUGAUGUAUUAAAAGUAGGCAAUUUAAUUUAAAACAUAUUUACGGCGAAAUGUAAGUCUACUUACCAAAUAUGAUAU